ACCUGCAGGGAGGUUUCAUAUAAACAAAAACAGCGUUAAUAUACAGUAUUCUAGGCUUAGGGCUUCGGCAAUUUCAAACCCCUGAAUAGCGUGUGCCUUUAACCUUUCUCCCCAGGUAUCGGCUCCACAUACAACGGACGUGGGCCCCUAGGGCUUCAUCUGCCCACCUUCUGCCAGGAUCGUCGUUGAUUCGACACAUCCAUCACGGAUAAAAGAAUGUGUAGCUGUGCUCGGCAGUCUCAGAAUGCCGAUCUCCACCGUUCCAGAACUCAGGGCCUGGUCCAGAUGUCUCAGCUAACCUUAGCGGCUGGAGAUCCACCUUGACAGCAGACCAGCCAAAGGUCCCAGUCGUGGUAUAUAAGGCACUUCGAGCCCUCCAGAAACAUUUUUUGAACCAGAGUGCUGCGCGCUUCCUUCUUUUCCAAUAGCUUUUUUCGGAUCAUCCAGAGUUUGAUACUCGACCAAUUCCAUUCCUUCACACAAUUUCUUGAUUUCGACUACAUCAACCACUUUCGUUGUUUCUUCUUAUCUCAACAACACAUUCACCAUGAAGUUCAACAUUGUUUUCGGCCUUACUGCCGCCCUUUGCCUGGCUCCCAAUGCCGUUGCUUGGCGCCUGCCUGGACUCGACAAGCGUCAGGACGCCACCCCUACUUCUCAAAUUGCCACUGGCUCUGAGCCCACCGGUACCUUCCCUUCUGGCAGCUUCGGCGGUGGUGAGGGCGGCUCUUUCCCUUCCAGCGGUGCUCAGCCCACUGGUAGCUUCGGUGGUGGUGAGGGCGGUGCAUCCCCCUCUGGCGCCGCCCAGCCCUCCGGUACCUUUGGAGGAUCUGGCGGCCACGGUAGCCACGGCAGCCACGGCUCUGGUAGCCAUCAAUCUGGCCGCCCUGGUCCUCGCCCCUCUGGUGCUGCCCCAUCCGGAAGCUUUGGCGGUGGUGAGACUGGUGCCCAGCCCACUGGCGGAUUCGGCGGUGAAUCGGGUGCGUCCCCCUCUGGUGCUGCCCAGCCAAGUGGUAGCUUCGGUGGUGGCCAGGCCAGCUUUGUGACUGUCGCUGUUGGCCCCACCGCUACUCCUGAGGCCAGCUCCCAGGGCCAGGGCCAGAGCCAGGGCGAGUCCUCUGAGGGUUCCCAGGGCUCCCAGAGCGAGCAGGACCAGCGCGUUCACGCUCGUCAGUUCCGUGGUAUUCAGGUUUAAAUUUCUGCAGAAUUUUGUGCUCAUUUAUGGCAUUCUCGCUGCCUUGUGUGAGUGAGGUAAAGGGCUUUGUGUUUCUAUGGCUGCUGUGCAGUUACAGAGAAAAGUACAUAUGUAUAUAGACCUAUACCGCAUCCACGCGAAUGAGACUCUGGCAUGAUC